AUCAUAGACAAGGACGGUCGCGUUAUCGGGCUCCUGGCUGGACGGCCGGCGGACGCGUCGUGGGACGAUGUGGCUUCGAGCGCAUACAGUGCCAUGGCAGGGGCCGCGGAGGUAUGCCAGUUCAAACCCAAGCAUUCCGACCAUCGCCGGGGCCAGUUUGCGACACUUGCCACGGGUGUUUCGUUUGGAGGAGGGAGGAUGGUACCAGGACAAGUCGACAACAGCAAGUGGAAUCAGAAAGUCCUAUCCGACUUGUGCGCCGUGCCUGCCAUUCGGCGGCUCGCGGGAUUUGGUAGCGCCAUGCUCUCCACAUACGCGCCGCGCAUCUUCGAGAGGACCCAGUGCAGGCUCCGGGCACUGCGGGAACACCAUCCGUCGCUACGCUUCAACUUUGACAACAGCGUGUACCCCGCGACCACCUUCAACUUCGGCCCCGCCACUGUCUGUGUAGAUCACACCGACGCCGCCAACGACGCCUGCAACUGGUGCCACGUCGUCGCUCUCGGACACUUUGAUUGCGAUCAAAGCGGUCAAAUAGUAUUCCCGGACCUCAAACUGGUAGUCCGCUUCCCUCACGGUGCAAGUAUUCUCAUUCCCUCGGCCAUAGUCCGCCAUGGAAAUACCCCGAUCGGUCCGCAGGAAACGCGCAUGUCAAUGACCCAAUACUGCGCCGGGAGCCUUCUUCGUUGGGUAGAGUGCGGCUUCCGCACUGUGAAGACGCUCGAGGCAGAGGAUCCUGACGAACAUCGGAGGUAUCUCGCGGGUUUGAAAGAGCGGGCUCGAGAGUCAUGUGCCCUGUUUGAACGCGUCGAC